UGGGAAACUAUUUUGAAAAGAGCGAGGGUAACCCCAAAAAAUCGUCACCAGAAAACAGGCGGGAAAUUUUAGUGCAGAGAGAGGACCCCAUCACAAUCUCCAAAAAUGAGGGCUGCCGGAACCGGGCGCCGCCGUCUGAAGGACUCCUUCGCACCGGACCGGAAACCACCACCACCACCCACCCCCACCGCCGCCGAUCCAUGGCAGUUCCAUGGCGGCGCUACCACCACCAGUCGCGACUCCGACGCCAGCUUUUGCAGCAGCAUCAAUCGCUCCGCCUCCGUCCCAAUCACCGACCGCAGCUACCAACUCUCCGCCCUCCGAACCAUCAACUCCUACCUUUCCUCUCACUCCUCCCAAAUCUCCCUCAAACCCCCUCUCCCAUCCGCCAAAGACAUCACCGAAACCCUAAAAUUCGUCAUCUCUCGCCUCGAAUUCCCUUCGAAUAAACUCGAAGAAGAUCUCUACGUAGUUCUCAAGCACCUCAAUUGUCCGAUUAAACUCAACAAGUCCGCUCUCAGAGCCCCUGGUACUCCUCACUCAUGGCCCAAUCUCCUCGCUGUAAUUCACUGGCUUGUUCAAGUCGCAAUGUAUAACGAUCAUUUGAACGAUUCGUCACAAGUGCGAUCGAUUUUCGAAGAUAAUAGUAUGUUUAUUUAUACUAUGAAUAGUUAUUUGCAUUUUAUUCAAGGCGAUGAUGAUUCCAUGGAAAUGCUUGAUCGGGAGUUUAUGGAGAAGUUGCAGUACGAGAGGGAGUCGGUGGAGGAGAGUUUGAAGUUGGUGGAGGCGAAUGUUAGGGAAUUGGAGGCGAAAUUGGAGAGUUUGAGGACUGAGCCGUCUGCGAAGGAAUUGCUUGAGAAGGAGAAGUGUGUGUUGGAGGAGGAUGUGAAGAAGUUCCACUCGAUGAUCGAGCAGUUGAAUGGGCAUAUUACGACGGUUGAGAAGGUUUUGGAGGAGAAAGAGAAGGAAUUGGAAGCGAAGGUUGGGGAGAACAAGAAGAUUUGUGAGGAGAAUGAGGAGUUGAAGAAGAGGGUUGAUUUGCAGGGGAUUAAUGCGAGGGAUGCGGAGAGGAUGAAGAGGGAGUUGCAGGCCGUGGAGAGAGAUAUCGGGGAAGCUGAGGUUGCAAGGAACACGUGGGAGGAGAAGUGUUGGGAUCUUGAUGCGACAAUUGGGCACAAGUUUAAGGAGCUUGAGGCCCUUUCAAUUGAGUGCAACCAAGCCAUCAAGAGGUUAAAGCUUGGAAAUGGUUUCCAGUAUGUGUUGAGUGGCAAAGGAUCCACACCUGCCGAGGUGCUAGGGAUUGACUACAAAUCAACAGUUAAGCCUGCACUUACCUCCUUUGCUGAUGACAUAAAGAAAAGCUCAAUGGCAAAGUUGGAGGAGUUGAUAUCUCUUCAGCAACAAUCAGUUGAAACUGCUGCAAAGAUUGAGCAAAAAAAGAACCGUAUAACAGCACUUCAGUCCCGGAUUGAUGAAGUGGAAGCUCAAUUGAACUUAUUGAAGAAGGAAACGCAGGACUAUACUUCAAGAUGUGUAGCAGAAGCUAAAAAGAUUUUAGGGGAUGUUGAAGCAGACACUCACAAGCUGGAUAUUGUUGAAAGAGAAGCAGCAGUGUUUUCGGAGGGUUCCGAACAGAAGUUGCAGGAAGCAAUCAUACAAGAUGAAGAAGAAACCCAGAUGUGUGCUCAAGAACUCUUCCAAUUGGUUGAUUCAGUUUCAAAAUACAAAGAGUAUAUGGCAUCAAAAAUUUUAGAGAUGAAGAGUGCUCUCUCUGAAACGGUUGAAUCUGUGUCAGAUAUGUACAAGGGUUCCUUGAAAGCACAAUUUGACACAAUCGGCUGACGUAUAGUUUUUCCAAUGGGUAGGUGAAAUUUGUGUCUACAUCUCUCUUCUUUUGCCUUGCUUAAAAUCCUACCAGUAAUUUUUAUUUAUUUAGCAAAAUAGAAGACAAGCUUGUAUUUUCUUUUAUGUUGACUUCGUCGCAGCUUGUGGCUUUUAAUUAUCUUAUGGAGAUAAGACUGAUUUUAAUAUCUAUAUGAUUCUUUUGUCA